GUUCCUUAAAUAAAGGAAGAAAAUCUUGUUGCACGAGACAUCGAAGAACAGCACUCUGGUUGCCGUGCCACCAUCUUCUCCAAAGUUAUCAUAUUCGAAGAGAAAAAAGGAGUGACUGUCCAGGUUGGGCAAUUAGGGACGGAAAAGGAGAAACACGAAAAUGUUUUUCCACAUAGUACUGGAGCGAAAUAUGCAGCUUCAUCCACGCUACUUUGGUCGUAACCUUCGCGAUAAUCUCGUUUCCAAGCUUAUGAAAGACGUGGAAGGCACUUGCAGUGGCCGACAUGGAUUUGUGGUGGCGGUUACAGGGAUAGAGAACAUAGGGAAAGGGCUAAUUCGUGAUGGAACAGGGUUUGUGACAUUUCCAGUUAAGUACCAAUGUGUUGUCUUCAGACCGUUUAAGGGAGAGAUCUUGGAAGCAGUUGUUACUAUGGUGAACAAGAUGGGAUUUUUUGCUGAAGCUGGACCUGUCCAAAUCUUUGUUUCAAACCAUUUGAUUCCGGAUGAUAUGGAGUUCCAGUCUGGAGACAUGCCAAAUUACACUACAUCAGAUGGAUCAGUUAAGAUUCAAAAAGAUAGUGAAGUGAGACUAAAGAUAAUUGGGACUCGAGUGGAUGCUACAGAAAUUUUCUGCAUAGGUACCAUAAAAGAUGAUUUCUUGGGUGUGAUCAACGACCCUGCAACAGUUUAAAUACCCCUUUCUGUACUAUUGUAUCGUAUAUAGUUUGCAUGACUUGGAUUUUUACACCUUAAUCCGAUUCAGAUAUUAUGUUUUCUUACUCGAUUGUUGAAAGUACUAAGUCGUUGAGUUUUUGGUUCCAGAAUCAAUUUUCAAUCCCACAAGUAAUUUUGGGAAAUGCCAUCAAGCAAGAUGAGCUGUACUAUUCCAAUAAAAUUGUUAGUUGCCUGUAAAUUUCAAAAGCUGUUGACGUAGUAAAAAUGAGACUGGAUGCAGGAUUUUCGA